GAGAGUGUAGCCAAGGCUGCGGCCGGCUAGCUUAGGUAGGCAGCUUCGCUCAUGCAGGGCGAGUACCGCUCGUCGUCUUCCAGCGAGGGCUCCGCGGGGUCGGCGGCUGCUGCUGCGGCUGCGGCGGCGGCCAUGGCGCCUCUGGCGGCUGCGGCCGCGGCGGCGGCGGCCAAGGAGGAGCACAACGUGAAGGCGGCCGUGGCGCCGCCCAUCCCCAUGGCGAUGGCGAUGCCGCUGGAGCCGAGGAAGCAGUACCGCGGCGUGCGCAUGCGCAAGUGGGGCAAGUGGGUGGCGGAGAUCCGUGAGCCGCACAAGCGGACGCGCAUCUGGCUGGGGUCCUACGCGACGCCCGUGGCGGCGGCGCGCGCCUACGACACGGCCGUGUUCUACCUGCGCGGGAGGUCAGCGCGGCUCAAUUUCCCCGACGAGAUCUCCGCGCUGGCACAGUCUUCGCCCGAGGCCGAAGCCGGCGCGUUGUCCGCCGCGUCAAUCCGGAAGAAGGCCAUCGAGGUCGGGUCCCGCGUGGACGCGCUCCAGACCGGCAUGACCACCAUGGUCGCCGCGCCCACGCACCACCACGAGCGGAAGAAGCACCAGUCCGGCUCCUCCGGGGCAGGGGAGCUCGAGGGCGAGCUGGGUGACGGCCCCGUGCUGCCCGCCGCGUCAAUCCGGAAGAAGGCCAUCGAGGUAGUGUCCCGCGUGGAUGCGCUCCAGAGCGGCAUGAUGAUGGGCGCCUUGCCCACGCACCACGGCGAGCGGAAGAAGCACCAUGCCGGCGCCUCCGGGUCAGGUGAGCUCGAGGGCGAGCUGGCUGACGGCCCCGUGGUGCCCGCCGCGUUAAUCCGGAAGAAGGCCAUCGAGGUCGGGUCCCGCAUGGACGCGCUCCAGAGGGGCAUGACGAUGGGCGCCGCGCCCACGCACCACCGCAAGCAGCAGAAGCACCAGGCUAGCGCCUCCGGCGAAGGGAAGUUCGCGGGCGAGCCUGCCGACGGCGCCGUGCUGUCCGUCGCGUCGAUCCGGGAGGACAUCGAGGUCGGGCCCCGCGCGGACGCGCUCCAGAGCGGCAUGAAGAUGGUCGCUGCGCCCACGCACCACCGAGGGCAGCAGAAUCACCCCCACCACCAUCACUCGGAGCCGCAUGGCAAGGAGCUCCACCGCCAUCAGAGCCUGCAACAUGACCAUUGUUGGGUCAUCAGUGCUUCGUUUGGUGCCAUGAGAGCUCUUAUUGGGAAGCUGGACAUACUGCUGCUAGCUCCUUCGUCUCCUCACGGAUGCUCCUCCAAGAGGGUCAAAGAUGGGAUGCGCCUCCUCAAAGAUGAUGUUGACGAGAUAAGCUCCUACCUUGAUGAACUGUCAGAGGUGGAGGACCCUCCCCCAAUGGCCAAGUGCUGGAUGAAUGAGGCGCGCGACCUGUCUUACGACAUUGAGGAUUACAUAGACUGUCUCAACAACAAGAAGCAGAACAAAAAACAGAAGAAGAAGAAGCAGAAGUUUAGUACCAGUUAUGUUAGGAUUCCAAAGAGGCUCAAGUGGUGCAAGCGAAUAACAUAUGUGUCUCGAGUGUCAGACCAUGACAACAUCAGAUCGGUCUGCAGAAAUAUUCAUGUCAUGAUCACUGCUCGUCGUCUUCCCAAGAGGCCCAAGAACAUUGCGGUACUUAAAAUGAUAUCACAGUUCAGGACCUACAUCCAAGAUGCCAUUGAACGGCACGACAGGUAUAUGCUCCAUUGCUGCAGUAACUUGAGGAGGCGUACAUUCGUGUCCACUGGCCGUAUGCUUCCAGUGCCCUAUGAAGAAACCGAUAAUCACAUAGUAAUCGAUGGCCGGAUGAAUGAGUUUAUCAACUCAUUGUCCGCUAACAAUGCGGCAGAUCAGCAGCAGCUGAAGGUGGUGUCUAUUCAUGGAUCUGGAUGUCUGGGUAAAACUACACUUGCCAAAGUGUUGUACAACAGAAUUGGGAUGCAAUUCGAUUGCAUAGCUUUCAUCCGAGUUUCCAAAAAGCCUGAUAUGAAGAGACUUCUCCGUGACUUGUUCUCGCAACUCCACCAUAAGAAGCAGCCACUAGCUGCCAGUCGUAAUGAGCUUGGCAUCAGUGACAAUAUCAGCAGACAUCUUCAAGAUAAAAGGUAUCUAAUUGUUAUUGAUGAUUUGUGGGAUGCAUCAGUAUGGGAUGUCAUUAAAUAUGCUUUUCCGAAGGGGAACCAUAGCAGCAGAAUUAUAAUAACUACACAAAUUGCAGAUGUUGCAUUAACAUGUUGCUGUGAUCACUCAGAGCAUGUUUUCGAGAUGAAACCUCUCGACGAUGAUCACUCAAGAAAGCUAUUUUUUAACAGGCUUUUUGGUUCUGAAAGUGACUGUCCUGAAGAAUUCCAACAAGUUUCAAACGAAAUUGUUGAUACCUGUGGUGGUUUGCCGCUAGCGACAAUCAACAUAGCUAGUCAUUUGGCCAAUCAGACAGCAGUGUCACUGGAUUUGCUGACAUACAUACGGGAUUCGUUGAGGUCCAAACUGUGGUCAAGUCCUACUUCAGAAAUAACGAGACAAGUACUGAACCUCAGCUACAAUAAUCUUCCUCAUUAUCUGAGGACAUGUUUGCUGUAUCUUCAUAUGCAUCCAGGGGGCUCCAUAAUCCCGAAGGAUGAUCUGGUAAAGCAAUGGGUGGCUGAAGGGUUUAUUGCUUCAGAUAAAGGGAAAGAUCAAGAUCAAGAAAUGAUAGAGAAAAUUGCAGGAAUCUAUUUCGAUGCACUUAUUGAUGGAAGAUUCAUCCAACCUUUAUACAACAAUAAGGUACUAUCCUGUACAGUUCAUGAUGUAGUGCGUGAUCUUAUUGCACAGAAGUCUGCAGAAGAGAAUUUCAUUGUCGUAGUAGAUUGCAAUCGAAAGAAUAUAGCAAUUUCUCAUAAGGUUCAUCGACUAUCCCUCAUCUUUGGCGAUGCAAAAUAUGCGAAGACACCACCAAACAUUACAAAGUCACAAGUUCGGUCACUUACUUUUUUUGGAUUAUUCGAGUGUAUGCCUUGUAUUAGAGAGUUCAAGGUUCUCCGUGUUCUGAACCUUCAACUAUCAGGUCAUCGUGGUAACCUCGAACCCAUAGACCUCACUGGGAUAUCAGUACUGCUUCAGCUGAGAUAUUUGAAGAUUGCAAGUGAUGUCUGCAUUAAACUACCAAACAGUAUGUGGGGGCUGAAAUGUUUGCAAACAUUGGAUGUUAUGGAUGCAACAAGAGUCACUGCUGUUCCGUGGGAUAUUAUAUAUCUCCCACACUUGUUGCACCUGACUCUUACUGUUGGCACAAGUCUGAUGGAAUGGAUUGGUAGCAUGUAUGACUCUGUCAUCAGUCUGUGGACCCUUGGCAAGUUGAACUACCUGCAGGAUCUUCAUCUCACCUCUUCUUCUACACCGCCUUCUUCCGACCAUCUGAAGAGAAGCAUGGAAGGUCUGGGUUCUUUAAUUGGAGGACAUGGCAACCUGAAAACUAUAGUAGUGGCUCACGGUUCCUCAGUUAAAAAUUUUGUGGUUCCUGGCGCUUCAAAAGUAAUCAUUCCAUGGGAUCACAUGGCACCUCCCCCCCUUCUCCAAAGAUUUGAGUUCUCGCCGCACAACUGCUGCAUAUUUUCACGAAUUCCUCCGUGGGUUGAGAAACAUGGCAACCUAUCCAUUUUGAAGAUUCCGGUGAGGGAACUAACAAUGAUUUGUGUUGAUACUCUCGGAGGAUUGUGUGCCCUCACUGCUCUGUCGCUGUAUGUGGAGACGGCACCCACUCACAAGAUCAUCUUUGAAAAGGCGGCCAGGUUCUCAGUUCUCAAGUACUUCAAGUUGAGGUUCACGACCGGUAUAGCUUGCCUAAAAUUUGAGGCGAAUGCAAUGCCUAAUCUCUUGAAGCUCAAGCUAGUUUUCAAUGCCAUCCCACCAAUGGGACACCCUCUCUUUUCUCGUUCGGGCCAAGUACAGCAUCAACAUGGUACUGCAGUUAUUAACAUUGAACAUAUGCCUGGGCUUAAAGAGAUUUCCACAAAAUUUGGGGGUGCAGCUUCUGAUUUAGAGUAUGCCUCAAGGACCGUCGUUAGUAACCAUCCAAGCAAUCCUACAAUCAACAUGCAAUUGGUGGGUUAUAGUUCCGAUGUUGACAUAAGCACAAAACAGAAACAACAACCAGAUGACAUUCUGGAGGAACAACCAGAUGAAAACGACACGACAUUGGAGGAGCCAGCUGAUAAAAGGAUUUCAACGUCACCGGAAUCUUCUUCGCGUCUGCCCAGCUCGAAGAAGAGGAAAAGAUCGCCAUUUCUCGACUUCCAUCAGGACUGCACACCUUGGUGACUGCACCGGUUUCACUGAAAUCAGGCGAUGAGUGGCAAUCAUAUCCGCAUAAGCAAGAUUUUUUUUAUAUUGUUACUCUCUAGCAAAGCUGUAACCUCAGAGUUUCUGACUUCAUUUCGUGCAUCCCAAAUAUGCCAGCACACCACGCCAAUUACCACAGCUUGUAAGUCGUUGCAUCUGUCCAGAAGGCUCAGCAACCAUUGUUUAGCA